AUGGACCCGCUGCUGCCCGCCGACGCCGAGGCGAUGGAGAGAGAGGCUGCCAAGGAGAGGAGGAGGAGGAUCCAGUUCUCCGUCCCUUCCGCCAUACCCACCCUGCUGGACCCGCGACAGGUGGAGAUGAUUCGAAGGCGGAGGCCGACACCAGCGACGCUCUUCAGAUUGACAGACCCACCUUCUCCUGAGGAAGACACAGGUGCUCACCAGUGGGUUCGGGGAGAAAAUGCACCCUUGAAGGCCAAACUAGUUAACACAGCAGUUUACCAGCCACCUUCCCUCAAAGCUGUCCAGAGGAUGGCCCAGGCCCAUCUGCAGUCAAUGGACUUGGGCUCCUGUGGCUCCAUGGAGAAAGAAGAGCUCUCCUCUGGUGAGGAAGAGGAUGAGGUUGUGGAAGAGAACCACAAAACAGCCACAGCUACAAGGUCAAAGCUCAACUCAACAGGAAGCGCUGUCCUAAGCUGUCACGCUGGGGACGAAGGAAAGGCUGAAGAGAGUGAGGAAGGGAAGGAGGAAUGA